AGAUUAAAAUAUGAAUGUGUCACAUACCGCGGUAAGCAUCGUAGGCUCAACAAUAGGACAAAUAAAUUUCAAUCAAAAAGGAGAAUCCGAUUCAACAAACGAUGGAACUGUUUCCGAAACAGAAACUGAUCGGGGUACGGUGGAAACCGUUGGGGAAACCGAAGGAGGAACGAAUGAAACGGAAAAUUCUCAAGCAAAUGGCUCAAACGCCUCGGGCUUGUACCAACGAGGCAGCAACAAAUCACAGGUUCUGAUUAUUUGCAACUUUGCAGAUAAGGAUCUCAUAGGCUACAAAGAGGAUGUCAAAAUGUUGGAGAAUAUGUGGGAAGAAUUUGGGUGUAAUGUAACAGUACAGAAAAAUUUAAGUGCCGAGUCUAUGGAUCUUAUUGUUUUGAAAUUUGCGACCGACACUUGUACUGGCAACGAAUCCUUUGUCGCCGUUUUUGUGUUGUCUCAUGGAGAAAAAGAAGAUCUUAUAGUCGGAGCAGACAAGAAAACCAUCAGCGUAUCUGAGAUCCUAAAACGUUUCAACAACGAAAAUCGAAACUUACAGCAUAUACCGAAGUUGUUCUUUUUCCAAAUAUGCAGAGGAGGAAUUUCUGAUCAGGGUGAGGAGAAUACCCAGGCAGCAUACGUACAGAAAAAACCUCCGCUUAAGUUACCUCAAGUGUGUGACACUCUGGUUACCUACGCAUCACAAAAGGAAACACGCUCAUAUGUUUCAGAAAAUCACGGAAGCUGGUUCAUACAAGCAAUAAUCGAAGUCUUUCAGGAAAACGCUCGCAGAAUGCAUGUGGUCGACAUGCUCACGAUGGUCAACGAUAAAAUGGCGGAGGAGAUGGUAAAAAAUUCUACUGACACAAGUAUCCUUGGAGCUAAGGCAAUGAGUGAAUUCACUUCUACUCUUCGUCGUAAGCUAUACAUUUUUGGUGGCCCGCAAUGACAUUGAUAUCAGAAAGAACAAUUUAGCACAUACCGUAUAUAUUAUCACAUGUACAGCAAUUAUUACAAAUUGAAAUACGCCGGCAUUCGAAUCUUCAAGAAUGUCGCCGAGGUAGAGACAAAGUGGCUUAUGUCGGAUACUUGUUAGUUUUAAAUUCAGAUUUAGAUAUUGAAAUAUCCCCAUUUUUGGUCCUGGGUGUAUAAAUAUUAAAUUCACAAAAAAUGCAUUUUUUUCCAAAGCAUUAAAGAUGUGGCUAAGCCAAUUUGGUUCUACUGUGGGGAUGUACAUUAUAUCGAAAAUAUAGUUUCACUUUAGAAAUUCUUUCGUUUUUCCAUUCUUUUUUUCAAACUCUCUCUUCCUCUCGGUAUCAUACUCUCUCUCUCGUCUGGUUCUUCUUUUUUAUUUGGGAAUCACCUCUCCCGAUUCUCAAUCGCUCUUAUUUUCUCUUUCUUAUCUAUCCAAUUCUUCAUUUUUUUUUUGUUUUCUUAUCAGCCUACGAUAAAUUUCAAUGACAAAUUGUUGUUUACUAAUUACAUGCAAAUGUUACUAACAAUUUUUCGUAUCAUUGCAAAUUUGAACGUUUUGGCAAUUUCAUAAAACUUCAUCUAUGUUUAAGUUCAAUAUGCGUAUAAUAAUAAUUAAUUUUGAGUAGACCACAUGUCGAUUGAGUUAUUGAGGUUCGGCAAAUGGGUGAAGUACAGCACCGAAACUGCGAUUAGCGUUCUAUUUGGCGUUUCGGAAAUUAUGUAUUAGAUUUAGGUGAAGCUCAACGCACGCUGCAGACCUUAGU